GAAACGUAGCGAGAAAGUUGACGUCACCUGUUUUGACGUCAACUUUCUCUUUGUCUCGUGACGUGACCUCACGGUAUCAAAUCGUUACGUACGAUACCGUGGCAUCACGUGACGCCCAUUUUCCCGCCAUAUUUUACGAGGAAAUGAACGGACGGAAGGAAGGUGCACAUAUUUCUGGGACGGGCCUUGCGUUAAUCAGCCUUUGAUGUAUUAAACAAAGAAAACAAAAGUCCACCGGUCCAGUACGUUUGAAGGCGAAAUACGCCGACACUGUCUUUGUCUGACCUGAGCCUGAACACGGCCGCGGCGACGCCUUUGUCUCGCACGUUUCACAGAACGACCCAAACCCCUUUGGUGUUUCUACGACCACGAGAGCCCGGAACGUCCAUGGCCGUACACGCCGAAAGACGUGCCAUUCACCUACUGCACGGCCCUCAUCUACUGCUGCCUCGGCCUGUCCGAGGACGGACGAAACAUCACCAGCCUCAGGCCGGAGAUCGACUUCGGAAAGCAUGGGUUGCGGCAGUUCUCUUGGCUCAAGUCUCACGCCAGGGGCCUCAAGGUGUACCUGGUCCUGGGCGGGCACGAGACGGACAGCGCGAGGUUCGCGCCCGCCGUCGAGGACUCCCAGUAUGCGAGGGUGGACCUCCUGCUCAAUACUCACCAUUGGUUGGACGCCUUCGACUACGACGGGAUCGUCCUGCACAUCACGGAACCGGAGAGCUUCGCCGUCACAGACUCCUCCAUCAACGAGUUCGUACUUGCUAUGCACGGGUCCCUGAAAGAGCGUCGCAAGGACUUCUCCGUUAUUCUGCCGCCCGAAGCGUCCCGUAGGAGUACCUACUUCUCACCCCUUGUCUACGCCAGGCAGAUGGACCUUCUGGUUCAGUGGAGCCACAACCUGGUGGAGAAACCUGUCAAGGCAACCUGCCCGUCACCACUCCACAGUGACGACGACGAAAAGGCCCUUUCGGUUGAGGGCAUCCUGGAAUCCGUCAAGUCCUCGUAUUUGGAGGAGCAAGCCGAAGCAGUGCUUUCCAAGCUCAUGCUGAGCUUCUCCUUCGUGGGCUUCCGCUACAAGCUGACGAAGAGCAGUCGGAAGCACCUGAACCAUCCGCACCCUCCACUGCCUAGGCCGGUAAUGAUCCGCACCGCGCAGCCCGUCGCCUACCACGAGAUCUGCGAAGCAAGCACCGCGUGGAACACGACCUACAACCAGAUAACGGGCUGUCUGGAGCUUGUAGGGAGAGACUCCUUCGUGUCGUACCCCGGCAGGCCUCCGAGGGAACUGCUGGUGAGACCGCUAAGUCAUGAGUAAGAUUUAGUGGGUUUUACGUGCCAAGUCAACAGAAAGAAUCUGGAACGCCCCAGCGAAGGAAUAUCAUGGCUAAUCUUAAAAAAAAAAAAAAAAAUAGAACAUGUAUCUAGCCUCUGAAUAAUUAAUGAUUAUCAAGUUUAA